AGUUGUGUGUAAAUUUUCACUGACAGCAGGGACAUAAAUUUUUGCUCUGUGUUUUUUCUUCGUCUAUUAAAUGUUAUUUUUAUUUAUGAAAAACAAUCCCUAUCUGGUAAUUUUCUCUGUCUCCCAAUUAUCCCAAAUGUGCCUCAUGGUGAUGUGAAUCUCUUUGCCAAAAGUUCUCCCGUCUCUCAAUUUUUUUAUUUUGUUUUCGUGGGUGCGGUGCAAAUCGUCCACCGUCUCCUUGUUUAUUCCGGAAAAAAGUGCGCCUAACAUGGACGAGGAGGACUUUUCGCCCCAGAAACAGUAUCACACUAAAUUCUCCGAUGAUGAUCUCGUGAAUCUGUGCCAGAGGGCAAAUCUGGUAAAGUACCAUACGCCACAGUGGGAUUUAAAGGCGAGAGCUGAGCCCGAGAGCACCCUGAAGCAUGCCAAACACAGUGUCAAAGGUGUAGGAAAAAGUGUGUCCAACGGUCAGGAAUCUUGGGGUAGAGAUUCUGGUGCUAGAGAUCUCUCCCCGGAAGUCUUGAGAGCACCAACAUCCAGCGAAGCUGGGAGUCAAAUAACAGAGAACGAAGUGGCCAACUGCUCAAUUGUGGACCUGGCCAAUAAGUUUCACGCAUCGGCUAUGUCAGCCCUUAAAACGGAGGUUGUGGACCUCACAGAGAAACUCAAGGGGGCAGUUAAAGAUCGCGAGACUCUCGAGAAGGAGCUCGCGGAAGCCUUGGAGGAGAAAGAUCGUUCCCGGAGGCGUUUGGAAGUGAUAAGUGCAGCUCAUGAGAGUCGCUUGACUGAGAUGCACUGUGUUAUUGUUGAGCUCAGCAAGAAGCUGAAGCGAUACGAGGAGAGGUCGAUAAUUGAGGAACAGGAACCCGAAGAGAGUGUGUCAGAAUUGAGUUUUCAGGAAGGUUCAGUGUACAAUUCGGAAUUGGAUGGGCAGCUUGGGGGGGAUUAUGAGCCGACAGAUCAGCUCGAUGUGAAGUCAGAGCAGCAGGAGAGGCUGACAAAUUUAGAUGAUUUGGGACAGAUCCCUUCACAGGGGCCCAGUUCGCAACUGGAGAUGCUCCAGGAGGAGAUUCUGCAUCUCAGGGCUCAAGUAGCCCUCUUGCAAUCUCAUCUGGCAUCCACCAGUAAUCUCCGGAGUCUCACACGGGAGUUGUCCAAUGAAGCUGGACAUGGUGAGACCAUCGAACCCGAUGAAUCCGCCACAAACCAAAGGCAAAUGAAGUUUCCACAUGACAUGGCCAAAAAAUCGCCCAAUUUCGGGACGUACAAUUCAAUGAAGAGCCAGAAGCUGCUGGAAUUCAGCAAUGGCCCUCCAAUUGCCAAAGUGGCUGAAAGGGUGAAGCUCCGCAAAACUGCUGAGCAGAGCGGAGCCAAUACCCCAGAAGUCCUCAGUGAGGACUUUCCGGCUGUCAUGGCAGAGCACCUUAUGGCAGAUCUUCUGCCCAAGGGCGAACCCGGAGAGCUAGACAUCUCCAAUAUCCUGGAGAUUGAACGCCUCCACAAUUGUAUAGAACAUCUCAAAGCUCAGAAUUCCCUGCUAUCACUUACGCUGAACGAGAGCAAGUCUCACUGUGAUCAGCUGUAUCUCCUCUGCGGCAAAUACGAGUCCAAUGCCAUAGCGCUGCAGCAGGCGCUCAAUUUCAGUGAUCGCACCAUCGAGGCGUACGACGUGAUGCUGGCCCUGUUCGAGAGUCGCCUCGAUGUGCUCGAAUGCAAGCCGACUGGAGAGAAAAAUCGUCAGGAUGCAGAAAAUGUCGCCAGGCAUUUGCUGAGUCACCUGGAGAGCGAGAAAAAUCUGCCAGAUCACAGUCUAGGACCCUGGCAAGAUGCUUCUCUCAUCUAUUCAUCCAGCAACGACAACUUGACCCCUUGGUCCAAAGAGGAUGACUUUCGACUGCGUGAGCACAUUUCCAAGCUCAAGGGCAACCGCGCCCGUGUCCAGAAUACCACGGUAGUCCUCCAGUCUCCGUACUACUGCGAAGAGACGGGAGAGUAUUCGGCUGCGAUGCUGACGCCAAGUGCAUCAAAAGGUACGCCAAAGGCCAGCCACGAGGACAAGAGGAUGAACAUGGAAGUGGCGGUGCUGAUGCAGGAACUCAUGAAUAUGCGUGAGGACAUGACAGAGUUCAAGUUCCGCGCUGAGAUGUGCGAAAGGGAGAAACGAUGUGCCGAGGAGAGUCUGAUGACAGUGCAGAAGGCACUGACGCAGCUUCAGGCCCAAUUCACUCACAACGAAGCCCUCGUGUCCAAGUCAAACAGCGAAAAGCUGGCGUGCUCGGAUUCUGAAUACGUGGAGAACAUGGAGAGGGAAUUGGUGCAGGCCUUUGCGCGAGAAUCGCGGCUCAAGAUGAGACUGCAGAGACUGGUGGAAAGUGUGACCACAGCAAUGAAGUCCGAGGGCAAGAAAUCAUCAAAAUAACUUCCCUCGAUUCUGCAGCAUCUCACACAAUUGGAAAUGAAAGGAAAUCUAAGAAAAAAAAACUAUAUCUGUAUAUUACAAAAAAAAAGAAAAAAUAUCAUAGAAAGUGCAUUUCUGUUGCAAUUGUAAGACUUGAUAUUUAAGGAGAAAAAAAAAUGGUUCCACAGACAAAACCCAGUAUUAUAUCCCUCACAAAAAAAAGAUGAGAAAAAGGAAGAAGAAAUUGUAUCAGAAUAACGGCUAGUUCCUAUCAUGUCGAAAAAAAAAGAAAUUAAAAUAAAAAAUGCAUUUGUAGAACCUUUUCGCAUGCAUAGGCUUUCAGAUAAAGAAAAAUAAAAAAUAUAAAAACUAAUUUUUGCAUUUAAAGCUUGCACUGUGCGAGAUUAAGAUGAAAAUCUAUCAAUGACAAAAGUAAAAAAAAAACUCACAAGCAACUGAUAAAAUGUUAUUUAGUAAAAAAAAAUAGCUUUUGUGAUGCAAGUCAAUAAAUUGCCAUAUAAAUUAUUUGAGACCUACAAUAAAUGCUAAGAGUUAAAUUAAUAUAGUUUUACUGACACAAUUUGAACAAUAUAUAAAUUUAUUGCAUUA